CCCGCCCGUCUCACGUCCGUGCACACGCAUCUCAAGAAUCGAAACGUUGGGAAGGGAUGAUUUAAAUUUAAAAUUGUCAGUUCCACCGGCUCUAUUUCACCGAAAACAUGUCGGAAUUCGGCCCGUCGAGUGGUGGUACUCGUUGAUGGGGUCUUUUCGUCGGACGGUCCUUUCGGGUGUUGAGGUUUUCGGGUCUCUGUCGGUCUGUGAAGGUGGGUUGAGGGCGAAGCCUUCGACACGUGCGUAGUUUGUCUUUGAUUUUGGGGGUUAACAGCUAAGAUGAACUUUUACCAGAACUACUAUCAGAGCUACAACCAAAAAGCCGAAGACUACAAACAGUUCUAUCUGCAAAAGUCUAAAGCUCAACAGCCAAACAAAGCUAGUGAUUGUGAGAAAGUGUCGUACAAAGAGAACUAUGAGGCUAAGGCGACCAAUGCGAAGGUGAUCAAAGAGGAGCAGACCAAGAACAACAACGAGGAGGAGUCGAAGAGCAACAGACCCGACACGGGUUACGUGAGCGCCGAAAGUUCUAUAGAAAGUGACGAUGAAAAGGAUACGAAUCACAUUUUGGAGCCUGCGAACGGUUCUUGUACGGUUAAUGGACCUAGGAAAUGUCUCGCUUGGGCCUGCAAGGCAUGCAAGAAGAAGACAUUGGCUAUUGACAGGAGGAAAGCCGCCACUUUGAGGGAGAGGAGGCGACUGAGAAAAGUGAACGAGGCGUUCGAGCUGCUGAAGAAGAGGACGUGCAACAACCCGGGCCAGCGUUUGCCCAAAGUGGAGAUCCUGCGCAGCGCCAUCGAGUACAUCGAGUACCUGGAGGAGAUCCUGCAGGGCUCCAAAAGCAGCGCGGACGUUUCGCUGACCGGCGGCACCGAUUAUCUGAACACAUCAUCAGGACAAUACGUGUGUGAGAGGCUGCAACAGUUCACGGAACCACUGGCGAAGUUCUCCUCACAAAACGGCUUCGACGUAGCUACGACGACAUCAAGCCUGGAUUGCCUCAAUUUAAUCGUGCAAAGCAUCACGAACAAAAAAGCUAACAAUAACGAACCGACAUAACUUAACCUUAAGUACAAUUUGGUUUUAUUCCUUUUCAGAGUAGAAGUGCCAAACAAAGUGAACAAUUCCUAAGAAUGUUUAAUUUAUUUUGAAUUAUUUAUUUAAUAUUAAUAAAAGCAAUUACCUAUUU